GAGAUCCACCAGGACUGGGCCAACCGCGAGUACAUCGAGGUGAUCACCAGCUCCAUCAAGAAGAUCGCGGACUUCCUCAACUCCUUCGACAUGUCGUGCCGGUCCCGACUGGCCACCCUGAACGAGAAGCUGACGGCGCUGGAGCGGAGGAUCGAGUACAUCGAGGCCCGGGUGAGCAGCGGGGGGUGGGCCGGGCCGG